AUGCUUUGCGAAGUCGUGGUGGGGCGGCGCCAUUGGUACCUGAAUUACACAAACAAGCACAAAGACCACCCCAGAAGAGCAGGAAACGAGCUGGAUCUUGCACGGCCCCUUUUGUCCCACAAGGAGUCCUGCGGCACAGGGAAUGCUUUUGGCAAUCUCUCCAAGAAAAUGGCCAAGCAGAGCUAUGUGGAUUUCAUGUCCGAAUUCAGGUCAGCCAAAUCCCCCAGUCAAGGGGAAGCUGGUGCCGGGAGUACACAGUCUGGAUAUGACACCCUUGUGGUAACCUCAGAAGACUGCAUCACAAAAGCCAUGCUCAAGCUCCCCUCCAAAACAAAACCAAAAAAGGCACUCCAUCAUAAAGUGUAUCCAGAACGCAUACUUGCACUUGAAGCAGCCGUUAGGGAUGACUCAGCUGUCACCGUGAGAAGAGGAAGUGGUGACCAUUACUGUAGUGGAAAUGACCCGAACGACUUAGCCAUGAUGACGAGAGAAAGGCGCUCAAAUGCUGCCAUUUGGCUGAGGGGUUUUGUAGGUUGUUUUAUAGAUGUCCCUAAGCUGCUGGUUGCCAUGGUAAAUGGCCCAGCUGUGGGGAUCUCCUUCGCCCUUCUUGAGCUAUUUGAUGUCGUAUAUGUUUCUGACAGGGCGAGGUUUCAUAGCCGUUUGAGUCCUUUGGGUCAGAGUCCAGAAGGAUCCUGUUCUCACAGCUUUCCAAAGAGACGGGACUCAGCCAGAGCAGCCGAGAUGCUCAUUUUGGGAAAGAAGAAAACAAGAGAAGCCUGUGCUCAAGGACUUGCCACUGAAGUGUUUCUUGAUGGCGCUUUUCAGAAAGACGUUUGGACCAGGCUCAAAGAAGAGGCAAAGCUUCCUCCCAGUGUCAUGAGAAUGUCAAAGCAUCUUAUCAGAAGUACGGAGAAAGGUAAGCUACAUGCUAUUAUUUCUGAAAAAAGCUGUGUCGUCCAGGGCAGAUGGCAGUCGGACAAAUGUACAAAUGCACGCAUGGACUUCUUAUCUGAGAAAGAAAAGCUGUGA